AUGAAGCUCCCCUCCACUGUCCAGGAGGCCGCUGGGAAACGGAGAGAUGACAGGGAGAGCGAGAGCUGCAGCACUUUGGGGAGAGAGACACUUUCCCGUACUCCACGCACGAGGUGGUGGGGUUAUAUAGGACGGGGGAUGUACAGAGAUCUCAAAGCCCGUGCACCAUACUACUGGAGUGACUGGCGCGAUGCUUGGAACUACCGCGUCAUCCCUGCGACGACGAUGAUAUUCUUCUCCAAUGUACUACCUGGGAUCGCUUUCUCCCUCGACCUAAUCGAGACGACCUCUGCGUACGGAGUCACCGAAGUCCUGCUCUCAUCCUUCAUGGCCUCUUUCAUAUUCAGCAUCUUCGGUGCUCAGCCCCUAUGCAUCCUAGGCGUCACAGGCCCCAUAACAGUGCUAAACACGACGAUCUUCCAUAUACUCCAAACCCAAGCCUCACCCCCAAACUACCUCCAGUUCGUCGGCUGGGUCUACCUCUGGGCCGCCAUCCUGCACAUCAUCGCCGCCCUAGCAGGAGCAGUCAAUUUCCUCUCCCGCGUCACCCGUUUCUCAUGCGACACGUUCGGGUUCUUCGUCUCCGUCGUUUACCUUCAGUACGGAGUCCAGAUCCUCCUGCGCCAACUGUCAACGCCCAGCAUCCCUACCUCCUCCGUACUGGCAUCGAUCAUCCUCGCCCUGCUCAUGCUAGGUAUCUCCCACCUCUGGCUCCAACUCGGAGACAGCAUAUACUUCCCCCGUCCCGUCCGCCGUUUCUGCGCAGACUACGGCAUGCCCCUAACCCUCGUCGCCACCACCGGGCUCGGAUACUGGGGUGCGCUGCGAGGCGUUGACAUCCUCCCCGUUGGGGGGAGCUUCCAGCCCGCCGGGGGCCGAAGCUGGCUCGUCCCCUUUUGGCAACUCGAUGCCAAAUGGGUAGGCAUCGCCUUCCCCUUCGGUGUGAUCCUCUUCAUCCUCUUCUACUUCGAUCACAACGUUUCCUCCCUCAUCGCCCAGUCGUCGGAUUUCCCACUCCGGAAACCCCCAGGCUUCCACUGGGACUUCUUCCUCCUCGGCCUGAGCACAUUUCUCGCUGGCCUCCUAGGCCUCCCAGCACCCAACGGGCUCAUCCCGCAAGCUCCGAUCCACGCGCGUUCCCUGCUCGUCCUAGGUCCUGCCCAUAACCCGGAAACAGAAGCCGAGAAGCAGGAAGCAGAGCGAGCGAUGGCCGGCCCGCAGGGAGGUGUCAACCCAGGCCGGGAAGUACCCGUCGCGGUCGUUGAGCAGCGAGUGAGCAACCUCGCCCAGGGCGCACUGUGUCUCCUCCUCCUUAGCCCUCCUUUCCUGCACCUCCUAGGCCUGGUACCGCGUGGAGUCCUAGCAGGACUCUUCUGGUAUAUGGGCACCGACGCGCUCUUCACCUCUGGCCUAACGAGCAAAGCGCUCUACCUCCUCACAGACCGAUCUUUCCUCCUGCCCACACACCCCCUUCUGCCCGCCCGGCGUUCCCGUGUCCUCCUUUUCCUCCUGAUAGAGCUCCUAGGGUUCGGGGCCACAUUCGCCAUCGUACAGACGAUUGCUGCAAUCGGUUUUCCCGUGGUCAUCUUCUUGCUCGUACCGCUGAGGUUGUGGGUCGUCCCACGCCUCGGGUUUAGCAGGGAGGAGAUGACGGUGCUCGACGGGCCGGUAGCGAGUGCGUUCACGAUGGGUAGUGUUGGUGGUUCGCUCUGA